AUGAUCAACUCAUCGCUUCCGGUCUACGUAAAAGAUACGCCACUUUCGGUGGCCCGAUCUAUCCAGGGUCUUAGGGCCAUUUUUGGGGAGGUCUAUCCCGAUCCUGUUCGAGUGGUCUCGAUCGGUGUCCCUGUGGAGACAUUGAUCUCUGAUCCCAAUGGUCCUGCAGGCAUCGAUACAUCCGUGGAGUUCUGUGGCGGCACGUAA